GCGGCUGCCGGACCUGCCCAAGCCUGCCAAACAGGCUUCUCCGCUAGUCCGGCUGGUCGAGGUGCCUUGCCGAACGGGCCCAACAACCGAGGCUGUUUCGAGGCGGCCACCAAUUCCCAGAUGCCCGUCUCUGGCCACCUCCACCAUCCGAGCCAGCCGAGGACGAGCCAUUUCACCGGAUCACAGUCACACUUGCCGCCACAGUCACUGUUGCCGCAGUUUCACACCUGCCAGCCGACCCGGUUGAACGGAGACUCGUCGGCCGGUGUUGUCGUCACGACCAGCUCGACUGGCCCAUCGGCCGGAGCACUCUUCUCGCCGCCGUCCCGCUCCGUCUCCGGCUCUCAUCUGCCCCUCAACCCGGCCACCUUCGCCGACCACCUCGUCUCCACCCCCGGCCGCAACACCAGCGCCCCGGCCACCCUGGCCACCAACACUGCCUCCGUGCCCACCACCCUCUGCCCCGAACCGACCAGCAACCAGCCGCACCGAGCCCACACGAUGCAACCAGCACAACAGCACCAACAUCAGCACCAACACCAGCAUCAUCAACAUCAACAACAACAACAACAACAACAACACACCGUUCCGGUUCUGUCGACUUCGGGAGCCGCCUCUUUGGCCAGAACCGCGUCCGGUCCGUCACGCUCCACUGCACCCCGCCUCAGUCCGGACCAUCAGCUGGAGCCGCUACCACCGCCGCCGCCGCCGGCGUCGUCGUCAUCGUCAUCAGCCCAUGGACACACAAGUCCGGCGGGUACCAUGACGACGGGACAAGAGUCUGGCGCCGGAUUGGCUGUGUUGCCGGCACCGGUGGGUGUCGGCUCGUCGGCCACGCCUGCGGACACGUUCGAGGCGUCCUGUGCCAAUUCGGGUCUGUUUGUGGAGGGUCAGUUCGUGGCGUUGUACAACUACGCGGCUCGUGUCGACGACGACCUCAGCAUGAGCAAGGGCCAAAUCUUCUACAUCCUCGACAGGUCGCAGGGCUACUGGUGGUAUGCCCAUUGCGUCUCGACCGGGCAGAUGGGCUACGUGCCCUUCAAUUAUCUGGCUCCGGUCACCAGUCUUGAGUCGAACGAGUGA